AUGCCUGGAGUCCCCCCUGAUGCGAUGGCCACGGUGAAGAAGGCCUUCAAGAACAUGUUCAAGAAGAAGAAGGCUGCAAAGAAGACCGACGACAAGACGAACGCCGACGCUGCAAAGCCUGCCGACCAGGCUGCAACCGAGACCACCGCCGGCAAGCCGACCGAGACAACGCCCGCCGCUCCGGCUGCCGGCGCUGCCCCGGCCGCUGCUGCUGCUGCUGCUGGUGCUGCCGCCGCCGCUCCUGCUGCCGCUGCAGACACGACCGACGCGAAGAAGCCGGAGGAGCCCAAGCCGGCCGACGCGCCUGCUGCUGCUGAAGGCGAAACCGCCAAGAAGGAGGAGGCUCCGGAAGCCACCGCUUCCGACGCUGCUCCCGCUGCUCCUGCUGCUGCUCCGGCCCCCGCGGACGCGACAACCGCCCCUGCCACCGCAGACUCUACGGCAGCCCCCGCGGCUACCGCCUCUGAGGGCAUGUCGGCUACCAGCGGCCCUCUCGACGAUCACCCGAACCUUGACGCCGCGCCUGCCGAGGAGAAGCCUGCUGAGAAGACUGAAGAGAAGGCUGAGGAGAAGAAGGAGGAAGAGACUAAGACUGAGGAGGCUAAGACUGAGGAGCCUGCGAAGACCGAGGAAGCCAAGCCCGAGGCUGCUGCCGCGGCUCCUGCGGCUACCGAGUCGAAGUAG